AUGACGGCGGCGGCCAGACACUGCCCGUCUUGGGCAGACCUGCAGCCAGAGCUUCUGGGUCUUGUGCUCAGGCGCCUUCCCUCCCUAGCCGACCGUGUUCGAUUGGGAGCAGUCUGCCGCGGGUGGCGUCGCAUUGCUCGGCAGGAGCCUGGUCUUCCCCCUCCGCUACCGUGGUUGACCUUGCUCGACGGCACCUUCCUCGGCGACCAAAGCGGCGAGAUUCACCGCAUGCAUGUACCGGAGGAUGCCUCUCUUCAUGGCUCCGUGGGCGACUGGCUCUUCCUCAAGCGACCUGAUGGCAAGCUCGAACUGAUGAACCCUUUCUCCAAGUGCGUCGUGCAGCUUCCUGUGGAAGCCAAUGGCCGCCUAAGGGAUUCGAUAUUCCACAAGCUGGUGCCGCUCUCCACUCUUGAUGAUCUGUCACUCGAGGAUUCUGUUUUCGCUGUACUGACUGUGACCAGGGGGUUUCAGAGUGUAAUUUCUAUUGGCCGGCGACACUCGGCUCCCGCUGCACGCACAACAAUAAUGCCAGAGUACAUCUACGACGCCGCGUUCUUCGAAGGGAAGUUGUACGCUCUCGCACUUGAGAAGCUCUUCGCCUUUGAGAUUGUUGCCAGCGAUGAUGGGAGGCUAAGUGUGUCAUCCAUGAAACAUGUAGCUAACGCCGUCGAGUAUCUAGGAACGACGAUGCAACUAACCAUUGGUGAUAAGACGUACAACUGCAUAUAUCGGAGUUACCUUGUUGCAACUAGCGGUAAACUGUUACAGGUAAGACGAUUAAUUGGAGCCUUAUCCACUUUACCGAAGGAUGAAAGGUUUGAAGCGAAGAACUGCGUCACCCUGUCUUUUGAAGUCUAUGAGGUGGACUUGACCACCAAUUCCAAACAUAAGUGGAAAAGGCUCAAUACCUUGCGAAACCAAGCACUCUUUGUUGGCACCCGCUCCUCCAAGGCUCUCCCUGCUUGUGAAUGUGGAGCUCAGGAGAACUGCAUCUACUUUGUGUGUGACUAUGAUCACGAACAUUGGACAACAGAUCCUCUUCGUGACUGUGGUGUCUUCAACAUGAGAAAUAAGAUGAUCACUCCAUUAUUGUUGGACACAACAGUUGUGCGUCCACAAGGCUGCAAAGGACUUCCAGCAUGGUUUUUCCCUACUAAAACUAUGUAA